UAGCAAGAUCAGAUUCAGUUUCUGGAAAAAGAAAAAAAGACCAAAAAAUAAAGGUUUGAGUUUUGCAUGGCUGAUUUAGAGAAAGCUGAAGCUGCAAGAACAGAUUAUCCAAAUUCAAAACUUGCAGAACGGUUGACUCAAAUAUUUAUAACAUCAUGUGUAUUUGGCGUUUUCCUGGAUCCUUUGUUCCUCUACAUUCCUCUCCUCAACCAAGAUUUGAAGUGCCUGAGGUUGGACAACACGAUAAAGAUUAUCGCUCUCGUCUCGCGAUCCUUCACUGAUCUAUUUUAUGUAGGCAGAAUUAUUCUGCAAAUUUGUAGAUUUGAAAAUUAUUCACCUUCGAUCAAGCGAUUUCUUCGCGAAAAUUGCUCCUCCAAGUUAAUGACAGGCUUUGAUGAGUUAUUACCUAAAGUAACUGAACUUCAACGGAAGGAAAAUCAAAUACCAAGUAUAGGAGUGGAGAUAUGGAAGUCGUCUAUCAUAGUUGACAUUUUAGCUAUUCUUCCUCUUCCACAGGUGGCAAUUCUCUUUCCGAAUAUGAGGGUCUCAGGAUCUUUCGGGAAGCCUAUUAUUAACUUUCUUGUUAUGGGGCAAUAUGUACCACGUGUUCUUCGCAUCUACCUAUCAUGCAAGAAAGCUAAAAAACCUUUCAAAGGACAUGUCCCAUUAUGGCUUAAAGGUUUACUCAAUCUUUUUCUGUACAUUCUGGCUAGUCAUGUGCUUGGAGCUUUUUGGUACUUUUUGGCUGCUCAACAAAUGAUAAGUUGCUGGAAACGUGCGUGUCGAUAUGGAAAUGGAUGUGGCACUUCUACAUUUAAUUGUCAUGAUCACCAAACGUUGAGAGAUAUUACGGUUCUAAAUGAUUUAUGCCCGAUAAAUCCACCAAAUACAACUCUCUUUGAUUUUGGCAUAUACCUAAAUGUCCUUCAGUCAGGUGCAUUAUGGUCAACAGACUAUCCCCUGAAGUUUUUGAACAGUUUUUGUUGGGGCCUGCGAAAUUUGAGUUCUCUUGCUUCAAAUCUCCAACCGAGUUUUUAUACAUGGGAAAUCGCCUUUGUAGCUUUUAUAUCUAUAAUCGGCUUGAUACUGUUUGUAUAUCUCAUUGGAAAUUUGCAGACCUAUUUGCAGUUAGAUACUGGAAGCUUAGAAAAGCAGAGACGCAAGGAUAAACUUAAACAGAAGAUGGAAGAAAAUGACCGAAAAGUAGAAUCAUGGUUAUCUAGCCAUGGCAUCCCCCAUAGUAGAAAGCAGAAGAUCAUGGAAGAGAUACAAAAUGAGCUUGUUCAAAACUCGGAUUUUGAUGUGUUUAGGGAAAUCCUCUCUAUUCUUCCCCACGAAGAAAUCAACAGUUGCCACCCGUUGAGUAGGCUGAGGGAGGUGCCACUACUUAAAGACAUGGACGAAGGAGUUUUGAUAGAAAUCUCUAAGAAGCUUAAGCCCGAGAAGUAUACUUGUGGACAAAUCAUUAUUGAGAAGGAUAAAACACUUGAAAAAAAGAUGCUUUUCAUCGUGGACGGACGUGUAACCAUUGAAAAGACAGAUGGUUCUCGGCCGGAACUAGGCGCGGGAAAAUUUUAUGGAGAGGAACUUCUAGUUUCGCCAUCGUGGACAUCCUCUGGUGAUGCAAAACCCAUAAACGAGUCUGUUCGGGCCACUGAUGAUGUUCAAGCCCUUGUUCUCUCUGCCACAGACAUGGCGACCUUGGGCUUUAGUUCCAAGAGUGUAGUCUCUAAGUUCAUGAAGCAUUUCAGCAAUUCCGCCUCUCCCUCAGAUAUCCUGUUGAUUUGGCUAAAGAAAGUGCCACUACUUAAAUACAUGGACAAAGGAGUUUUGAGAGAAAUCUCUGAGAAGCUUAAGCCCGAGAAGUAUAUUCCUGGACAAAUCAUUAUUGAAAAGGAUAAAACACUUGAAAAGAUGUUUUUCAUUGUGGACGGACAUGUAAGGAUUGUAAAUGCAACUCAUUCUAUGCGGUCAUUAGGCGCAGGAGAUUUUUAUGGAGGGGAACUUCUAGUUCCACCAUUGGGGACCUCCUCUAGUGAUGCAAAACCCAUAAUAAAUGAGUCUGUUGAGGCCAUUGAUGACGUUCAAGCCCUUGUUCUCUAUGCCACAGAUAUGGAGAGCAUCAGCUCUAAAUCCAAGUCGAUUUAUAAGAAGUUGUGCAUGGUGACUAUACUUAAGCAAGUGGAAAGCUUUCAACAAAUGGACGAACAAGUGUUGAAAGCAAUCUCCAAGCGUCUUAAGCCCACGAACUUCAAUGCCAAUCAGUGCAUUCUUAAAGAGAAAAAACCACUUCAUAUGAUGUUCUUCGUCGUGCGAGGAGUCGUAGAAAUUAAAAGCGAAAGUGCUAUGGACGUGAACGUGGAAAAAACCUGUGAAUUGGGAUGUUUCUAUGGAGAAGAACUUGUACAUUGGGUUACAACUUGGGUAUCACACCAGACCUUUCCUACCAAACUACCUUUGUCACCUGAUUCUGCUCUAUGCUCCUACCAUGGUGGUUCUGUGACAAUACUUGCUCUCAAAGCCGACGACUUGAAGAGUGUAUUCUCUGAUUUCACCCUCCCUACAGAUUCCGAUCAGCCUCGGGACUGGUUGACCAUCCUAAAGAAUGUGGAAAGGCUUGAGACUAUGGAUGAGGAAGUUUUGACAGAAAUAUGUGGGUAUCUUGAGCUCAGAACUUAUGAAGAUGCGUACAUUAUUCAAAAGGAUAAACCAAUCGAAAUGAUGUUCUUCAUCAUGAGAGGAGUUGUGUCAGUGACAGACGGGAGCUCGAAACAUUACCGCAAUGAAGGAGGACGUCCAAAUCACAGUGGAGAUGACCUCAUAGAACAUUGGCUACAAUCUAAAUCUACCAGCGUUCCUGCCAAAUUGCCCACCUCUCCUUUUAGUUUUUGGGCCAUUGGUGAAGUUGAAGUUCUGGUUCUUAAGGCCGAGGACAUGGCAAAGGUUCAGCCUGGUGAUCAUAUUCGUUAG